ACACAACUUGGUUCUCACCUCCCUGGGCUUGCAGGAGCAGUCCGGCAUGGAUGCAGGGGAGGAGGACCCCAUCCAAGGCCUGCAAAAGGCUGCCGUUUGCUCCAUCUGCCUGGAGUAUUUCCAAGACCCGGUGUCCAUAGACUGCGGGCACAACUUCUGCCUGGCCUGCAUCACCCAGUGCUUCAAGGACGCCAGGACCCGCUUCUCCUGCCCUCACUGCAGGAGGAGGUCGAGCAAGAAAAGUUUCAGGCCUAGGGAACUGGCGGAGAUGGUGGAGAUCGCCAAGCGGUUCAAGAGCCAGAUGGAAGAAGCGCCGGGAGGGAUGAUGGGCAGGUGCGAGAAGCACCGCGAGCCUCUGAAACUCUUCUGCCAAGAUGACCACAGCCUGAUCUGCGUGGUCUGCGACAGAUCCACGGAGCACAGAGCCCACGCAGUGCUCCCUGUCGAGGAGGCUGUGGACUAUAAGGAACAAAUUCAGACUCAGUCACAGAGUCUUAAGCAAGAGAAAGAGAAACUGGAGGAGCUUAAACAGGCCGGUAAGAGGACAACUGAAGAAAAUCUGGAAAAGUUGGGUGCUGAAAGGAGGAGAGUGGCAUCUGCAUUUGAGCUGCUGCAUCAAUUUCUUGAAGAACUGGAACAGCCCAUUCUGGAUCAACUGAAUGAGCUAGAGCUGGAGAUUAAGAACGGGCAGGAAGAAAAUGUUGCCAAAUUCUCUAAGGCAGUUUCUGUCCUUGAGGAUCUGAUCAAUGAGAUGGAGGAGAAAUGUAGGCAGCCGGAUAAUGAAUUCCUGCAGAAUGUCCAGGACACUUUGAGCAGGUCUAAGAAGAGACCGUUUCUUUUGCCUUUGGAGGAGGUUCCUCCAGACCUAAGAGAGAAACUCAGUGCAUUUGCUCAGAAAAACAUUUCCCUAGCAGAAACCCUGAAAAGAGUCAAAGAGUCUUUAUUACUUGAACUCCAAGAGAAAGAAGACGAUAAGAAGUCUUUAGAAAUAGCUAGUGUGACCCUGGAUCCGGGCACAGCAGGCCCGUACCUCAUCCUUUCUGACGACGGGAAAAGCGUGUGGUUGGGAGACAAACGUCAGAAACGUGCCAGCUGUCCGGGCCGGUUUAACGUGUACCCUUGUGUGCUGGGCUGCGAAGGGUUUGGCUCGGGGAAGCACUCCUGGGUGGUUGAGGUGGAGGCAGGCGGAAGUUGGGCUGUGGGUGUAGCCCAAGAGUCUGUGAAAAGGAAGAAGAAACUCAACUUCCGGCCUGAGCAGGGGGUCUGGGCUUUGGAGCAUUUGGGAGCCAAUCAUUACAGAGCUUUGACAUCCCCUCCAACCCCGCUGCACCUAAGAAAGGCCUACAAAAGAAUCCAAGUGCGUCUAGACUACGAAGCAGGUCAGGACCUUUUCGAUGCAGAGAACGAAGACUUGAUCUUCACCUUCCCAUCCAUCCACUUUGCAGGGGAUAUAAUUCAUCCCUGGAUGUGGGUAGGGCUCCGAUCCCGGCUCAGGCUGUGCCCCUAACUUGACAUGCACUUUGGAGUAACGGAAGUUGGCGUUGUUUGGCCUACAAGUGGAAGAAGCAUCUUAUGCUCAUUCACUUC